GUACUUCAUGGAACUUGUCCAUAUUGUUCUCAUACUCUUGCUGUCAACAGCGUCCAUUGACAGAAAUUUUACUUCUUGCAACUCCCAGCCAUGGCCACCGAAGGAACCUUGCAAAGCGUUUCUUUGGCGCUGGACUGGACGGCCAACACAAAUCAUGUGGGCUUUUAUGUGGCACAGGCGUUGGGCUACUACAAGGAGGAAGGCAUCUCCGUGGAGUUUCUAAGUCCCCAUGUUUCCAACUACGAAGUGACCCCAGCUUCUCAGGUUUCUGCACGACAAGCAACAUUCGGGCUUGCACCUAGCGAGACUGUAAUAAGUUAUCAUUUACCUCCAGCGAGGUCCAAACUCGUCGCUGUAGCAGCAGUUCUUCAAGAUGAUCUCAGCGCAAUUGCUACUCUAAAACAGAGUGGAUUGUGUCGUCCUAGAGAUUUGGAUGGGAAGGUUUAUGCGUCCUACGCAGCAAGAUUUGAAGGCAGAAUUGUCCAGAAACUUAUCCAAGCCGAUGGUGGUGCCGGGAAUUUUGAAGAGGCUACUCCCGACAAGUUGGGAAUCUGGAACACUCUAUUACAAAACAAGGCAGACGCAACCUGGAUUUUUCGAGCUUGGGAGGGUGUGCAGGCGAAGCGCAAAGGCAUCGAACUAAACGAGUUUAUCCUCGAGGAAUACGGGAUUCCUUACUGCUAUUCUCCUGUCGUCAUAGCUCACCCGGACACUCUCGAGGAGAAACCAGACGUUGUGAGGGGAUUCUUACGAGCUUCGGCAAAAGGAUUCGCUUACAGCACAGCAAACAUCGAGUCCUCGGCAAAAAUUCUUCUGGCACAAGCUCCCGAGCACCUCGAUGAUUUGGACAUGGUGAUGGAGUCCCUCGAGUUCCUAUCAAAGACCUUUCUUGCCAAUCCAUCGGGCGAAUGGGGGACCAUGGCGAGCGGCAAGUGGUCCAAAUUUUUGGACUGGCUCUCCGCCAACAAAAUGCUCACCACAAGAAUCCAGUCGCGAAAUCCAAAUCCGGGCGUAAGCGUCUCUCUCCGUGAUCUCUUAACAUCAGAUGGAAGCAGCGAAGAACAAAUCCGCGUAAAUGCCAAUGACCUCUUCUCAAACAACUUUUUGUAAAGUUUUAAAGGUAUGGAAUAUUCGUCGGAACGUUCUAUACCGUCCGUACAUAUUCCCGCUUUCACAGGAAA